AGCGGGGUGCUUCGAAACACCGCAACGGAGUCUUCGUCUUCGUCUUCGACUCUUCGUCGUCGUCCACUGUCUGCACUCACUCUUCAAGUUCUACCUCCUCUAAUGGUAUCGCUACUAUUUACCGUGGUUGCAGUCGUGGAUCACUCUUGAUUUCCAACUAUCUAAGUGCGUGCGCAUCGCGCAUACCCUACCCUAGCGAUCAACAAUGGCUUCUAGAUCUAUACAUCGCACUUGGCUUCUAAUUGUUGCAGCAUGCUUGCCACUAUUGCUGAUUCCCCAACCAGCUCUUUCCCAAACUCCUCGCCCUAAGAACGUUCAAGCUUCCCUUCGCGCUAAGUGGUCCGGCACUCCUUUGCUUCUAGAAGCUGGUGAAUUGUUAUCGAAAGAAGACCAACGGCUUUUCUGGGACUUUAUUGAGGUUUGGCUUAAUGCUGAUGAGGAUGCAGGUGGUUCUCAUUCGGCGAAAGAUUGCCUUAAGAAGAUUCUAGAACAUGGGCGCCCUCUUUUGAGGGAACCUUUGGCUUCAUUGUUUGAGUUCUCUCUUAUGCUGAGAUCAGCAUCCCCUAGAUUGGUCCUUUACCGCCAGUUAGCGCAGGAGUCUCUCUCUUCGUUUCCUCUUAGUGAUGAUGAUAGUUUCUCGGAAAAUGACAAGAUUGGAGAGAACAAGUUCAAUCCCCUUCAUGAUGGUGUGGACCUCAGGAGCCCUCAAGGCAAAUGCUGUUGGGUGGAUAAUGGUGACCAGUUGUUUUUCGAUGGUUCCGAGCUGCGGCCUUGGCUUCAAAGCCUUGCUGAACCGGUGGGUGAUUCGUUUCAGAGGCCUGAAGUCUUUGAUUUUGAUCAUGUUCAUUUUGAUUCGGGCUUCGGAAGUCCAGUUGCUAUCCUCUAUGGUGCUCUUGGGACUAGUUGCUUUAAGGAAUUUCAUGGUGCUCUGGUGGGAGCUGCCAAAGAGGGAAAAGUUAAGUACAUAUUAAGACCUGUGUUGCCAGCUGGAUGCGAAGCAGGUAUCGGCCACUGUGGGUCUCUUGGUGCAAGCGAAUCGGUAAACUUGGGUGGUUAUGGUGUGGAGCUUGCUUUGAAGAAUAUGGAAUAUAAAGCAAUGGAUGACAGCACAAUUAAAAAAGGUGUGACUUUGGAGGAUCCCCGAACAGAAGAUCUUAGCCAAGAAGUCAGAGGAUUCAUAUUCUCAAAAAUUCUGGAGCGUAAACCUGAGUUAACAUCUGAGGUCAUGGCUUUCAGGGAUUAUCUCUUGUCAUCAACUGUAUCAGAUACACUUGAUGUUUGGGAACUGAAGGAUCUGGGGCAUCAGACUGUACAGAGAAUAGUCCGUGCCUCUGAUCCUCUGCAGUCAAUGCAAGAAAUCAAUCAAAAUUUUCCUAGCAUAGUUUCUUCUUUAUCUCGCAUGAAGCUUGAUGAAGCCGUUCAAGAUGAAAUAGUAGCAAACCAGCGUAUGGUUCCACCUGGCAAGUCUUUAAUGGCCCUCAAUGGUGCUUUAGUCAAUAUCGAAGAUGUUGACCUUUAUCUGUUGAUUGACUUGGUUCAUCAAGAUUUGUUGUUAGCUGAUCAGUUCUCAAAAUUGAAGAUUCCUCAUAGUACUGUACGGAAACUGCUGUCAACUUCACCUCCUUCGGAAUCUAGUACAUUUCGUGUUGAUUUUCGUUCUACUCAUGUUUAUUAUCUUAACAACUUGGAAGAAGAUGCUAUGUACAAACGAUGGAGGAGCAAUCUAAAUGAGAUCUUGAUGCCAGUCUUCCCUGGGCAGCUACGUUACAUCCGUAAAAAUCUUUUCCAUGCUGUUUUUGUUCUUGAUCCAGCAACCAGUUGUGGUCUUAAGUCAAUUGAUCUGAUAAUUUCCUUGUAUGAGAAUAAUGUUCCUAUGAGAUUUGGGAUCAUCCUGUAUUCUUCAAAGUACAUCAUGCAGUUAGAGAACCAUUCUACCAAAGAUGGUGAUAAAUUUGAGGAGGAUAUAUCAGAUAUGAUCAUACGUCUCUUCAGCUAUAUCAAGGAGAACUAUGGAACUCCAUUGGCUUUCCAGUUUUUGAGUAAUGUUAACAAAUUACAUACGGAAUCAGAUGGUCAUGCAGAUGAUGCUCUUGAACUUCACCAUGUUGAAGGGGCAUUUGUGGAAACAAUAUUACCCAAAGUAAAAUCCCCACCUCAAGAGAUGUUACUAAAGCUGGAGAAGGAGCAAAAGUUGAAGGAAUUGUCACAUGAAAGCUCCAUGCAUGUAUUUAAGCUUGGCUUGUCUAAGCUUGAAUGUUCUUUGUUGAUGAAUGGGCUUGUUAUUGAUCCCAAUGAGGAGGCUUUAUUUAAUGCCUUGAACGAAGAAACUCAGAGAAUACAGGAAGGCGUGUAUUUUGGACAAAUAAAUUCUCACACUGAUGUAUUAGAUAAGUUCCUAUCAGAAGCUGGUAUUCAACGAUAUAAUCCUCAGAUUAUUUCUGAUAACAAACCAAGGCUCAUAUCUUUGUCUACGUUUAUUUUUGGAGAGGGAUCUAUACUGAAUGACAUUGACUACUUGCAUUCUCCUGGAACAAUGGAUGAUCUGAAACCCGUAACACAUCUUGUUGCUGUUGAUAUCACUUCAAGUAGUGGGAUAAAAUUACUUCGGCAUGCCUUAAAUUACCUGAUAGAAGGAUCUAAAGGUGCUCGUGUAGGAAUUCUGUUUAAUGCCAAUCAGAGCACAACUUCAUUAAGCCUCCUGUUUACGAAGGUUUUUGGAAUAACUACAUCCUCAUAUAGCCAUAAGAAGAAUGUAUUGGAUUUCUUGGAUCAGCUAUGCUCAAUCUAUCAGCAGAAGUACUUCCAUACAUCAGCUGUUGAAGUUGAUAGUACUCAAGCAUUUAUUAUUAAGGUCUCUGAGCUUGCUGAAGCCAAUGGGUUACCAUCUAAGGUCUAUGAAUCAUCCCUUUUAGAAUUUUCUGCCGAUGAAGUGAGAAGGCAUUUGAGUAAGGUGGAAAAUUUUUUGUACAGAGCACUUGGGUCUGAAUCUGGUGUCAAUGCUGUCUUUACUAAUGGAAGGGUGACUUAUCCUAUUGCCGAAGGAACAUUUUUGAGUGCUGAUAUGCAUCUUCUUGAAUCAAUUGAGUUUAAGCAAAGGACAAAGCAUAUUGUGGAAAUUAUUGAAGAAGUGAAAUGGCAGGAUGUUGACCCUGACAUGCUGACAAGCAAAUUCAUCAGUGAUAUCGUCAUGGGCCUAUCCUCUUCAAUGGCUACACGGGAAAGGAGUUCUGAAAGUGCGCGUUUUGAGGUUUUGAGUGAUCAACAUAGUGCCAUUAUUUUGAAUAAUGAAAAUUCUAGCAUUCAUAUUGAUGCCGUUCUUGAUCCUUUAAGUCCAACCAGCCAGAGAUUAUCUGGAAUUCUUCGAGUACUAUGGAAAUAUAUUCAGCCAAGCAUGAGGAUUGUACUAAAUCCAGUGAGUUCCCUUGCUGAUCUUCCUCUGAAGAAUUACUACAGAUAUGUAGUACCCACUAUGGAUGAUUUUAGUAACACUGACUCUUCAGUAAAUGGCCCAAAAGCUUUUUUUGCCAACAUGCCAUUGUCUAAGACCCUGACCAUGAAUCUUGAUGUUCCUGAACCCUGGCUUGUUGAACCUGUCAUUGCAGUUCAUGACUUGGAUAACAUUCUGCUUGAGAACCUUGGUGAUACAAGAACAUUGCAAGCAGUUUUUGAACUUGAAGCUCUUGUCCUCACAGGUCAUUGCUCUGAGAAAGAUCAUGAUCCUCCUCGAGGUCUUCAGCUAAUUCUUGGAACCAAAAGCACACCCCAUUUAGUUGAUACCCUUGUGAUGGCCAAUCUUGGCUAUUGGCAAAUGAAAGUCUCUCCUGGGGUUUGGUACUUGCAGCUUGCUCCUGGCAGAAGCUCUGAGCUUUAUAUUUUAAAGGAUGGUGGUGAUGGAAAUCUGGACAAACAAUCAUCAAAACUCAUUACUAUUAAUGAUUUACGGGGUAAAGUUGUUCACAUGGAAGUAGUUAAAAGAAAGGGCAAGGAGAGUGAAAAAUUGCUGAUACCUGAUGAGGGUGAACAAGAUAAGAACGAAGGAGGUAGCUGGAAUUCCAACUUUCUAAAGUGGGCUUCUGGCUUCAUUAGUAGCAAUGAACUAUCCAAAAAAGCUGAAAGCAGUUCAUCAGAUAAAGGAAGCAGUGGACGGCAUGGAAAAACUAUUAAUAUAUUUUCAAUUGCAUCUGGACACUUAUAUGAACGCUUCACAAAGAUUAUGAUUCUAAGUGUACUAAAGAAUACCAAUCGUCCGGUUAAAUUCUGGUUCAUAAAGAACUACCUCUCUCCUCCCUUUAAGGAUCUGAUUCCCCACAUGGCCAAAGAGUAUGGUUUUGAAUAUGAGCUAAUCACGUACAAAUGGCCUACAUGGUUGCAUAAGCAAAAGGAAAAGCAGCGAAUAAUUUGGGCAUAUAAAAUCUUAUUCCUUGAUGUCAUCUUUCCCCUUUCCUUGGAGAAGGUCAUUUUUGUGGAUGCUGAUCAAGUUGUAAGGGCUGACAUGGGAGAACUCUAUGACAUGAAUUUAAAAGGAAAACCUCUGGCAUAUACUCCGUUUUGUGAUAAUAAUAAGGAAAUGGAUGGAUAUCGAUUUUGGAGACAAGGUUUCUGGAGGGAUCAUUUGCGGGGAAAACCAUAUCAUAUUAGUGCUUUAUAUGUUGUUGAUCUGAAGAAGUUCCGAGAGACUGCAGCUGGAGAUCAUCUUAGAGUUUUCUAUGAAACCCUUAGCAAGGAUCCAAAUAGUCUAUCCAACUUGGAUCAGGAUCUCCCUAAUUAUGCUCAGCAUAAUGUGCCCAUCUUCUCUUUGCCACAAGAAUGGCUAUGGUGUGAAUCAUGGUGUGGUAAUGCUACAAAAUCCAAGGCAAAGACCAUUGAUCUGUGCAACAAUCCCAUGACAAAAGAACCCAAACUUCAGGGUGCUAGACGAAUAGUGUCCGAGUGGCCAGACCUUGAUUUGGAGGCAAGAAAGUUCACUGCACGAAUCUUAGGUGAAGAUCAAGAAACCGUGCAAUCGCCAAAUCAAUCAAACGAUAUGAGUAGUGAUGAUUCUUUGCAAGUAGACGCGGAAUCCAAGGCUGAGUUGUGAAAAUGAUAAUUGAAACGCUUUAUGCAAGUUAUUUAAAAACAGUCAGUGAUCCUUGCUGCAGCUUGGCACCGCGUAGCAUCAUGAUAUCUCUCUUACCAAAGUGUGCCUGCAGAUGAAUUGGCAGCCAGUUUUCCAAACACAAUAACAACAGCGAAAUGCAAUAAGAUUUUGCCUUCUCUGUUUGCCAAUUCCUGGUUCACAAGAGAUUUUGAUUAGACAGAAAUGAUAGUGAAUUUAAAUCUUGUGUUCAAUGUAACCAUUUUGGACAUAGCUACCAUUAAUUAUGUAUACCAUUAACCAUUAGCAACCCCUCCAAUCCCUACUACCCCAACCUUUAACUUGGUAUGCACCCGACUGUUGGAAAUUUUCAUUGUCCUUUGUAUGGCAACGGUAGUCUAGUCUAGCUUUAUUUAUCAUUAUUGCUAAUUAUUGUUACCUGAUUUUGCAGUGGAUGCAUGCUACCGCACUUAUAUUCACAUAAUUAAGAGAGAUCUUUGGAUUGAUUUUUUU